AUGUUUUCUCUAUGCUGCAGAGUCUGCAGGAAGUCCUUCGACAGAAAAGGCUUCCUGAUGAAGCAUGUGGAGACGCACCUAAAGGAGGCCCCGUGGGUCUGUGGUUUGUGUGGGGAGAGGUCAGAGUCCAGCGCUGGAUUGCGGGUUCACCUGCAGACGCACCGCGACAGCAACCGAACCUGUGACGUCUGCGGGAAGAGGUUCCCGUCGAUCCGAGCGCAGGAGACGCACCGCCGGCUGCACACCGGAGAGAAACCCUUUAGCUGCUCUGUCUGCGGGAAGGACUUCAACCAGAAGGGCAAUAUGGUGACGCACAUGCGGACUCACUCUGAGGAAAAACCCUUCUGCUGCUCUGCCUGCAGUAAAGAGUUCAGCCAUGCCGGCUCUCUGGAGCGGCACAUGCAGGUGCAUGCUGGAGAGACGCCGUUCAGCUGUAGCAUCUGCGGGGCUGGUUUCAGUAAGAGUGUCGAGCUGAGGCGGCACAACCGGAGCCACAAGGCCCGUGGCACGCCAGUCGGCAACAUCCAGCACAGGAAGCCAAGUCUGACGGCGUCUCAUCACUGUAAGGUCUGCGGCAGCGCCUUCCACAACAAGGGGAACUUCAUGCGCCACGCAGAGACUCACCUACACGAGACCGCGGGUGUCUGCGGGGUCUGCGGCGAGACAUCGGACACCCCAGAGAAUCUGCAGAUCCACAUCCAGAGCCACAGGGAGACCAGCAAGAUUUGCGACAUCUGCGGCAUGGCCUUCAGGGACAUGGAGAUCCACAUGAGGACGCACUCCGGACAGAAGCCCUUCAGCUGCACAGACUGCGGUAAAGACUUCCCCAGGAAGGGGUCUCUGGAGAGACACAUGAAGCUGCAUGCCGGCGAGAGGCCGUAUAUCUGCGAGUUCUGCGGGAAGACCUUUAACGAGAACACGGUCCUGAAGAGACACAUCAAGAGCCACACAGGGGGGAAGCCCCGCAUCUACGCCUGCGACAUCUGUGGAAAGAAGUUCACCAUGAGCCAGCACCUGGAUGUGCACAAGAGGAUCCACACUGGGGAGAAACCCUACACCUGCAGGGUCUGCGGGAAGAGCUUCCGGCAGAUCGGGAACCUGGACUCACACAUGAGGAUCCACACGGGCGAGAAGCCAUUCAUCUGCAGCCUCUGCGGGAAACGAUUCCGGCAAAAGAUCUCUCUGGAGACACACGAGCGCUUCCACAAGAAGGAGAAACCGUUCGGCUGCUCGCUGUGCAGCAAAGGAUUCGUGCAGAAGAUCGACCUGAAGAGACACAUGCUGACGCACACCGGGGAGAAACCCUACAGCUGCUUGCUCUGUGGGAAGAGCUACCAGGAGAAACGCUCCGUGGACUCGCACAUGAAGGUCCACGCCGCUGAAAGGCCAGGCGAGAUGCUGGGGGAAAGAGUUAGCGAGACGCUGGGGGAGAGACUGAGCGAGAGGCGGCAGGAAGCAGCGAACACCGACUUCAUCCAUCUGUGUGUGUGUGUGUGUGUGUGUGUGUGUGUUGCUCUCAGCAUGUUGCAGCUGCUCCGGCUCUCGGUCCAUCAGAAGCUUCUCUUCCUCCUGGAGGACCUCCUGCUGCGGCUGGAAGAAGAAGCGGACCUCCCGGUGCUGAGAGCGCUGCUCAGCGAGCGGCUGGCUGCGGCAGCGGAGGAAAUAGUCGGAGUGAUUGAGGAGACCGUGAAGGGGUACGAGGAACGAGCAGAGCGCAGAGAGAGGGAGAUCCAGAGGCUGGAGGCCGUGUUGCUGGAGCCCCAAGUGCGCCUGCGUAGAAUAGAUCUGCACCAGCUGGCUAAAGAAGAUGGUCCCCCAGAGCAGGAAGAGCCAAAGCCCCCCACUCACAUUAAAGAGGAACAGGAGGAGGAUGACAUAAAGUCCACCUUCACUCCCGUCCCUGUAAAGAGUGAAGAUGAUGAAGAGGAGCCUCAGUCCUCACAGCUUCAUCACAGACAGACUGUGGAAACAGAGGCUGGUGGAGAGGACUGUGGAGGACCAGAACCAGCCAGGAGCUCAGAUCCAGAGACAGGUUUACUACCAAUCAGUGAGGAAGACUCCCUGGACUCCUCUGAGACCGACGACAGUGACUGGUCUCUCCCAAACGAGGCCCGGUCGGAGGUCAGGGCUCCAAGCAGCGAAGCUCCAGAGAGCGAUGUCGGAUCGUUUCCGAAGGAGAGGCCGUUCCCCUGCUCCUUCUGCGGGAAGAGGUUCAGCCUGAAGGGGAACCUUAACCGGCACAUCAGAGACCACACUGGUGAGAGGCCGUUCCCCUGCACCAGCUGCAACAAGACUUUCAAAGACAGUGGCUCGCUGACGACCCACAUGAGGAUCCACACUAGAGAGCAGCCCUACAGCUGCCUCUUCUGCAAGAAGAGCUUCAGCGGCCGAGGGAACAUGACCCGGCACAUGAGGAUCCACACCGGAGAGAAACCCUUCAGCUGCUCUGUCUGCAGCAAGAGCUUCCACGUCAAAGAGCACCUGAACCGACACAUGAAGUACCACACGGGGGAGAAACCCUUCAGCUGCUCUGUCUGCGGGAAGGGCUGCGCUCAGAAGACCGACCUGAAAAAACACAUGAGGGUCCACACUGGAGAGAAACCCUACAGCUGCCCCUUCUGCGGGAAGUGCUGCGCUGAGAAGGGAGACCUGACCAAACACAUGAGGGUCCACACGGGGGAGAAACCCUUCAGCUGUACUGUAUGCGGGAAGAGCUGCGCCCAGAAGGGGAGCCUGAAGAUUCACAUGAGGGUCCACACCGGGGAGAAACCCUUCAGCUGCUCUGUCUGCGGGAAACGCUUCACCGUCACCGGACACCUUAAGAGGCACAUGAAGUUGCAUGAGGCUGGGGGCCAGGAAGCGGGGGGGGAUGAGGAGGCUGGAGGUGCCGAUUCACAUUCAGCUAAAGAACAACAGGAAGUACAACAUCUCUGUGAGUCCGGAGGCAGUGGAGUUCCCCUCAUCCCUCGGCUAUCGGAGAUCAAAUGACAGAAACCUGUUGAUGAUGUGUUGGACGAAGCGUUCAGAGAGGACGUGGUUCUGAACUGUAGGAGGGUCCAGGGUUAGGGUCUCUCUGAUGGACUUUGAGUUUGGAACUACUUCCUGUUGAGAGUCGGGGGGAUCUCCAUGGUUAAAGACCUCUGUGGAGUUUAAUACAUGAUAUAUUUAUUACGUCUUAACCUGUCUCUGUCCCUCUGUAACCUGUCUCUGUCACUCUGUAACCUGUCUCUGUCCCUCUGUAACCUGUCUCUGUGCCUCUGUAACCUGUCUCUGUGACUCUGUAACCUGUCUCUGUGACUCUGUAACCUGUCUCUGUCCCUCUGUAACCUGUCUCUGUCACUCUGUAACCUGUCUCUGUCCCUCUGUAACCUGUCUCUGUGACUCUGUAACCUGUCUCUGUCCCUCUGUAACCUGUCUCUGUCACUCUGUAACCUGUCUCUGUCCCUCUGUAACCUGUCUCUGUGACUCUGUAACCUGUCUCUGUCCCUCUGUAACCUGUCUCUGUCACUCUGUAACCUGUCUCUGUCCCUCUGUAACCUGUCUCUGUCCCUCUGUAACCUGUCUCUGUGACUCUGUAACCUGUCUCUGUGACUCUGUAACCUGUCUCUGUCCCUCUGUAACCUGUCUCUGUGACUCUGUAACCUGUCUCUGUCCCUCUGUAACCUGUCUCUGUCCCUCUGUAACCUGUCUCUGUCCCUCUGUAACCUGUCUCUGUCCCUCUGUAACCUGUCUCUGUCCCUCUGUAAGUGUUUAAAUACUUUCAAUGUAUUCCACAUAUGUAUAUAUUUCACAUCCUCAAAUCUUUAUUGUUGUUACUGUAAAUAUUCUUCUCUCUUUUUGCACUAUUUUAUUUAUGUUAUUUGCACCAUGUAUGUGGAGUUGUUGGAGGAGCACGCGACAUAAGAUUUUCAUUGCCAACAUAUACGCUGUAUCUGCUGUGCAUAUGACAAAUAAAGCCUUGAACCUUGAACCUUGAA